AAUGAAUUCUUGCUUGUUCUUACAUUGCAGUGAAUGAUUUAGGAGGGGUCCACAGGGGAAUUGGUCAAGGCUCUUCAGCUGCUGAUAAAGUUGUUGCAGAAAUAAGAAGAAAAGGCGGAAAAGCAGUAGCCAACUAUGACUCAGUGGAAGCAGGAGAGAAGAUUGGGAAGAGGGCGUGGAUGCUUCUGGGAGAACAGAUAUUGUGGUUAUACCACAAUGCUGGAUAUCAUCCAUAGAGUUCAUUUGCGGGGCUCGUUCCAAGUGACCCGGGCAGCUUGGGAUCACAUGAAGAAACAGAACUUUGGAAGGAUCAUUAUGGCUUCAUCGGCUUCAGGAAUAUAUGGCAACUUUGGCCCGGCAGAUUAUAGUGCUGCAAAACUGGGCCUUCUGGGCCUUGCAGAUGCUCUUGCAGUUGAAGGCAAGAAAAGCAACAGCCAUUGGCACACUGUUGCCCCUACUGCUGGAUCACGUUUGACUCCGAAUAUUUUGCCAGGAGGCGAAGUCGAUCCAGAAAUCUCUGGAGAGGAGUCUGACUGGAUUCCACAAUUCCGUAGCUGUGAAGACUUCAAAAGUAUGACACUGCAAGCCCAAAAGUUUGCCGCCAGCAAGUACCGCAGACGUGACCUCUCCCCCGCCCGCACAGAUCAUAGGGACAGCCACGAACCCCUCCGAUCGGCCCCCAAGGCUGCACUCCUGCUGUGCCGCUAUUGCAGCCCCUACCCCGCCAGCACAGACCCAUAG